AAACUGAAUAAUAAUUUUAUUUUAUGUAAUGUAGAGCACCACCCUAUUCAUUUCUCUUUCCACUUCUUUCAGUCUUUGAAUCUUGAUACUCACUCUUCCUUUCCAAAUUAAAUCUUCAAAUUUCAUUGAUUAGAUCUUCCAUUUUUCGUUGCAUUGGAUCUUACUAGGGUUACCCUCUAAUUAUUUGAUUUCAUCCUAUUUUCCUUGUUUCUCCACAUUGGAAGAAUAUAAAGUUGUUUGAAGUAGAUCAAUCGACCCAAUUCUAAAUUACCCAGCAUCCGAAAAUGGCGGGUGCUGCGGGUGGGUUUGUUACUCGGGCAUUUGAGUCUAUGCUCAAAGAAUGUUCCGGCAAAAAGCUUACCUCACUUCAGACCGCAAUUCAAUCUUAUUUAGAUGGUAUUAAAGAGGGGAAUCAGCAAGCUCAGGUGAAAGAGAAACCUCCAGCAGCAGCACCUGCUGCAACGGCAACAACUCAGGAAAGUGAACAUGGUUUUGAUGAGGGUCCAGACAAGGAGACGACAAAUGCUGAUGGAUCACAUGGACAUACUUCUGAGGGAGAUGGACAAGCUGGGAUAACAGCACAGGUGGCUGUCUCUGUUGCGGCAGCUUUGUCAAAUGCAGGACAGACUUUAGAAGGAGCUGAAGCAGAGCUUGUCCUAAAUCCUCUUCGACUUGCAUUUGAGACCAAAAAUAUAAAAAUUGUAGAACUGGCGUUAGAUUGUCUUCAUAAACUUAUUGCAUAUGAUCAUUUGGAAGGUGAUCCUGGUAUUGAUGGUGGAAAAAAUGCCUCUCUGUUUGCAGAUGUUCUUAACAUUGUUUGCAAUUGUAUUGAUAAUUCUUCGUUGGACAGUACUGUUUUGCAAGUAUUGAAAGUGCUCCUGACAGCAGUAGCCUCUGCAAAAUUCAGAGUUCAUGGGGAGCCUUUGCUGGGAGUUAUAAGAGUAUGCUACAAUAUAGCUUUGAACAGCAAGAGCCCUGUAAAUCAAGCAACAUCAAAGGCGAUGCUGACCCAAAUGAUCAGCAUCGUAUUCCGUAGAAUGGAGUCUGAUCCGAGUACCAUUCAUGUUUCAAAGGAGAUUCAGAACUCUGAUUCAAGUGGUUCUGAUUCACAUAGAGUGGAUACAUCAACUGAUAGUUCGGCAGCAAUUGGUGAAGCAAGCUCUGCACAGGAUCAAAAUGAGAAAGAGAUGACGCUGGGAGAUGCACUUUCUGAAAACCCCGUGAAAGAUGCUUCACUUGUAUCUGUAGAGGAGCUCCAAAAUCUUGCUGGUGGUGCUGAUAUAAAGGGUUUGGAGGCGAUGCUAGACAAGGCAGUGCAUCUUGAAGAUGGGGAUAAGACUAAACAUGGUAUGGAUCUUGAGAGCAUGAGUAUUGGGCAUCGAGAUGCCCUCUUGCUAUUCCGUACUCUUUGCAAGAUGGGCAUGAAGGAGGACAGUGAUGAAAUUGCAACAAAGACACGUGUUUUGUCUCUAGAGCUUCUGCAGGGUUUAUUGGAAGGUGUCAGCCAUGCAUUUACUAAAAACUUCCAUUUCAUUGACUCGGUAAAAGCAUAUCUUUCCUACACUUUGUUGCGGGCAUGUGUUUCAUCAUCCCCUGUGAUCUUUCAGCAUGCAGCUGGAAUAUUUUCUGUGUUAUUGUUACGAUUUAGAGAGAGCCUCAAGGGCGAGAUUGGGAUAUUCUUUCCCUUGAUAGUGUUAAGGUACUUGGAUAAUGUAGAGUCUCCUCCAAACCAGAAGUUAAGUGUACUGAGGAUGCUUGAGAAGGUAUGCAGGGAUCCCCAGAUGAUUGUGGAUAUAUUUGUUAAUUAUGACUGUGAUCUUGAUGCACCAAACCUUUUUGAACGCUUGGUUACAACUUUGUCAAAAAUAGCUCAAGGAACUCAAGCAUCUGAUCCAAAUUCUGUUGCUUCCUCACAAAAUGCAUCGGUCAAGGGUUCAUCACUACAGUGCCUUGUAAAUGUGAUUAAAUCUUUGGUUGACUGGGAGAAGUCACUUAAAGAUUUGGAAAAGCAGAGCUCCCUUGAGGAUGAGCUUUCUGGUAAAGAUUCGGUCAAGAUGGAAAAUAAAGAGGAUGCUUCCAAUGAUUUUGAGAAGGCAAAGGCUCACAAGUCUACAGUGGAAGCAGCCGUAGCUAUGUUUAAUAGGCAGCCCAGCAAGGGUGUGGAGUAUCUAAUCUCUAAUAAGUUGGUAGAAAAUACACCUGGAUCUGUUGCAGAUUUUUUGAAGCACACAUCCAAUUUAAACAAGGCUAUGAUUGGUGAUUACUUAGGCCAACAUGAAGAUUUUCCCUUGUCCGUCAUGCAUGCUUAUGUUGAUUCCAUGAAUUUUUCGGGAAUGACUUUUGGCACUGCAAUAAGAGAGUUUCUUAGUGGGUUUAGACUUCCUGGAGAAGCUCAGAAGAUUGACCGUAUUAUGGAAAAAUUUGCUGAACGUUAUUGUGCAGAUAAUUCAGGACUCUUUAAGAAUGCAGAUACAGCUUAUGUUCUUGCCUAUGCAGUCAUCAUGCUGAACACAGAUGCUCAUAAUCCUGUGGUGUCAACUAGAAUGUCAAAAGCUGAUUUUGUACGUAUGAAUACUAUGACUGAUGCAGAUGAGACUGCACCACAGGAGCUCUUAGAGGAGAUCUAUGAUUCUAUUGUAAAAGAAGAAAUAAAGAUGAAAGAUGAUCUGCCCAGCAUUGGAAAGAGUAGCAGACAGAAACCAGAAGCUGAAGAAAGAGGGCGACUGGUCAGCAUCCUUAAUUUGGCUCUUCCUAAGCGGAGGUCUUCAACAGAGGCAAAAUCUGAGACUGAUGCUAUAGUGAAGCAAACACAAGCUAUUUUUAGAAACAAGGGUACAAAAAGGGGGGUUUUCUACACCUCACUAAAAGUUGAACAUAUAAGGCCCAUGGUUGAAGCAGUGGGAUGGCCUUUACUUGCUGCAUUUUCAGUUAUCAUGGAGGAAGGAGAUAAUAAGAUAAGGGUUGUGGCAUGCAUGGAGGGAUUCAAAUCCGGAAUUCACAUCACACAUGUUCUAGGAAUGGAUACAAUGCGUUAUGCCUUCUUGACAUCAUUAGUAAGGUUCACUUUCUUGCAUGCACCAAAGGAGAUGCGCAGCAAAAAUGUUGAAGCCUUGCGAACUUUACUUUCUCUAUGCGAGUCUGACAUUGAUUCUCUUGAGGACACAUGGAAUGCUGUUCUAGAAUGCGUUUCUCGGCUGGAGUUUAUCACCUCAAAUCCUGCGAUUGCUGCUACUGUGAUGCAUGGAUCAAAUCAAAUCUCCAGGGAUGGACUUCUUCAAUCUUUGAGAGAGUUGGCUGGGAAACCUACAGAACAAGUAUUCUUAAACAGUGUCAGAUUGCCAAGCAGUGCAAUAGUUGAGUUUUUCACAGCUCUUUGUGGGGUUUCUGCCGAAGAACUAAAACAAACACCAGCUAGGGUGUUUAGUCUACAGAAACUUGUUGAAAUAAGUUACUACAACAUGGCCCGUAUACGUAUGGUGUGGGCGAGAAUAUGGCAUGUCCUCGCCAACCACUUUAUAUCUGCUGGAAGUCAUCACGAUGAGAAGGUGGCUAUGUAUGCUAUCGAUUCCCUGAGGCAGCUUGGAAUGAAGUAUUUAGAACGGGAGGAGCUCACAAAUUUUACAUUCCAAAAUGACAUUUUGAAGCCUUUUGUUGUUCUUAUGCGGAACAGUAGAAGUGAAUCCACAAGAAGACUUAUUGUAGAUUGUAUUGUUCAGAUGAUAAAAUCUAAGGUGGGAAGCAUAAAAUCAGGCUGGCGAAGUGUCUUUAUGAUUUUCACUGCUGCUGCAGAUGACGAAUCAGAACCUAUUGUUGAAAGUGCAUUUGAAAAUGUGGAGCAGGUGAUAUUGGAACAUUUUGAUCAAGUUGUUGGGGACUGCUUUAUGGACUGCGUCAACUGUCUUAUUGGUUUUGCAAACAAUAAAACUUCUCACCGUAUAAGUUUGAAGGCUAUUGCAUUAUUGCGUAUUUGUGAAGACCGUCUUGCAGAGGGACUUGUACCUGGUGGGGCUUUAAAGCCUAUUGAUGCUAGCCCAGAUGCUAGUUCUGAUGUGACCGAGCAUUACUGGUUUCCAAUGCUGGCUGGUUUAUCAGACCUUACUUCAGAUCCAAGAGCCGAGGUCAGAAAUUGUGCGCUGGAAGUUCUGUUUGAUCUAUUGAAUGAGAGAGGCAACAAGUUCUCUCCAUCGUUCUGGGAGAGUAUUUUCCGCCGAGUCCUUUUCCCUAUCUUUGAUCAUGUAAGACAUGCUGGAAAGGAGGCCUCAUCUGAUGAUGAAUGGCUCCAUGAAACCUGUAUUCACUCGCUUCAGUUGCUGUGUAACCUUUUCAACACUUUCUACAAGGAAGUAUGUUUUAUGCUGCCGCCAUUGCUUAGCUUACUCUUGGAUUGUGCCAAGAAGACAGACCAAUCAGUGGUGUCUAUAGCUCUUGGUGCGCUUGUUCAUCUUAUAGAAGUUGGCGGAUAUCAAUUCAGUGACAAGGAUUGGGAUACCUUGUUGAAAAGCAUAAGAGAUGCUUCAUACACUACACAGCCACUUGAACUGUUGAAUGAUUUGGGUUUUAACAAUUCAAAUGCACCUAAGCACCCGAGAGAAAUGAUGCCUGAUGUUGAUGGGGUACAUGUUAAUUCCACUGGGAACGAGUCUGUAAGUGACAGGAAAUUUGAUGCUAAUGAAGUUGAUGGGUCAUCUCAUAUGGUUGAUAAUGGUGCUGGUUCACUUCAAAAUUCAGAAGUAUCUGAAGGAUUACCAUCACCCUCACAGAAGUCCACUGACUCUGGGGACCUGCUGAGAAAUCAGAGCUUAGGUCAAAGAAUAAUGGGCAAUGUAAGUUUUUUUAGAAGCUUCACCUCCAAGGCAAAAUACCAAGAACUUGAGAUUGCUGUGCAACCUCAAACACAGUUGCCAGAACCUUUGGAGUUUGAUUCCAAGGAUGAAGUUGAAAGCCAGUUGCUGACAACCAUUAGGGGUAAAUGCAUCACUCAGUUGUUGCUUCUGGGUGCAAUAGAUAGUAUCCAGAGAAAAUAUUGGUCUAAACUGGGAGCGCCACAGAAGGUUACUAUAAUGGAAAUUUUGCUGUCUAUAUUGGACUUUGCUGCUUCAUAUAACUCGUACACUAAUCUUCGAGUGCGCAUGCGCCGCAUACCUGGUGAAAGGCCUCCAUUGAAUCUUCUACGCCAGGAAUUGGCAGGAACUAGUAUAUACCUGGACAUAUUACAGAAAUCUACUUCAGAACUCAAUUCUAGCAAUGAGAACAAUCUUCAAACGAGUGAUUCAAACGCAUCCCCGAUGCAGAAAGACAUAAGCCCAAAGGCCUACUCUGCAGAUGAGAAGCUUGGUCGUAUUGCAGAAGAGAAAUUGGUAUCAUUUUGUGGAAAUGUCCUGAAAGAGGCGUCUGAUUUUCAAACUUCUGCCGGAGAGACUACUGAUAUGGAAAUUCAUCGGGUAUUGGAGUUGCGUUCCCCAGUAAUUGUGAGGGUUAUAAAAGGCAUGUCUUCUAUGAAUUCUCAUAUAUUCUGCAAACAUCUCAGAGAGUUCUAUCCAUUGCUUACCAAGCUUGUGUGCUGUGAUCAGAUGGAUGUCCGCGGUGCGCUUGGUGAACUUUACAAGAGGCAGCUUAGCUCACUGUUACCACAAUGAUUAUGCUUGCUGUGCUCCAUUGUGUUGCUCAAAUCGGCUGCAAGGUUCACAAGAACAACUCUUGUGUAUCAGUAUUAUCUCUAUACACGCCCGUCCGUAUCAAACAACAAUUCAUUUUUGGAUUAUGAUAUUUUUGGCUGGUGUUUUAUGCUCAUUUCUUGGCAUUUUGAGAAUCGUUCGAGCUUCAUAGACUAGGAAGAGUAAAAAGUUUUCUGUUAUGUAUAGACUAUAGUUUAGUGUAUAAUGCGGGACUACUAAUGUCGAUUAUAGAAGGUAAUAUUAUUGCUGGAGAACAAAGUUAAAGAGCAGUUGAUAAGGGCUUAUGUCUGUUGUAUUGAGCCAUUCAGUAUUAUUAUCUUUCUUAUAAGAUCACUUUGGGUCUCAUCUGUUUUAUGUUUAAUGUGUUUAGCAACAUCCCGAAUCCUUAAUUCCUUAUA